AUGGGCACCUUCAGGGCGUUCUUGGAGUGUAAACCUCCCACUUUCGAUGGCACUGGAGGGACAAUCGACCUUCUACACUGGAUCCAAAGAAUCGAAUAUAUGUUCGAAGAAAGUAAAAGUCCUGCUGGCAAACUAGUAGAGUACGCUACUGUCAUGUUGCAAGGGAAAGCGUAUUCUUGGUGGAACGCACAAGUUCAGAUGCUCGGUUUGGCAGACGUGAAUACCACUCUCUGGAGCGACUUCAAGGAUUUGAUUAAGGAAGAAUUCUGCCACCUGGACGACAUUCUGAAACUUGAAAUAGAGUAUUAUGGUUUGAAGAUGGAAGGAUCAGAGAUCGAGGCGUACAUAAAGAGGUCCAACGACUUGGCUGCCUUAUGUCCUAACAUGUCACAACCCAUAUCUAGGCGAAUCAAGCUAUACCUCAGAGGCUUAGUCCCGGAAAUCCAAGGGUCUGUGAGUGCGGCCAACCUUCCCACAAUCCAGCAAGUCGUUCGUUUGGUGCACCAACUCACCGAUCAGGCGGUGGAAGAGGGCAAGUUGCCCAAGCAUAGCUCUUCCAAUGCAAAUGCUCUAAUGAGUAACAAGUAUAUUUGGGGUGAGUACCAAGGUGAGGGUCCUAGCUCUAUACGACGGGAACCGCACAAGAAACUCGGGCUGAACUACCAAAAUCAGGGGGGAUACCUAGGGAAUAAACCGAGAUGCCGCAAGUGUCAACGGCACCACAGCGGGUCAUGUGCGGAAUCGUGUUGUCAUCGGUGCAAGAAGUUGGGACAUAUGGCUAGAGACUGUAGGAGCCCAUAUCCUACAAACCGGAACCAACGGCAACACCAGCAGGGUAAUGAGAGAUGUUACCAGUGCGGUGUUGAAGGUCACUUCAAGAGGAACUGUUCGCAGAUGAGACAGAAUCGUGACAACAGCGGCAACCAGGGCAACGGGAACAAUAACGGAGACAAUAAGGAUGACCGCAGGACUGGUAAGCAUGAGCUUCUGAAUGGACAAGAGGAAGAAGGAAACAACCUCAACGUUGUGGCGGGUAAGUUCUAUUUUAGUUAA